GCGUCCUGCAGGCCGGAGGCCUCCAUUGCGGCCGCCCAUACGUUUGGCGAUAUUUUUUUUGUCGCCUCCUUCGGCAGCCAGAGCUUAUUGCAGUUGAGGCGCACCAUGACGCCGCCGGAACGCCUACAAGCUGUCGCGCGGGCCUGCUAAUGGCCGCGAAGCGAAGAGGUGCCGGGGCCACGGAGGGUCGCUCAUGAUUUCUCUUGGAUGAUGUCGCUGGGGUGCUAUUCAGUUGCAAGGCCACAAAGCAUUUUAGUCAUAUGGCAGGUAGACCACACCUCGGUGGGCGUCUUUCGCUCGGUUGAAGCAGACGAAAAGGCAAUAGACAAGGGGGCGCCACGACAAGAACAGAGCAGGUGCGCGCGCAAAGGGUGGGCAAAGCAGCAAACGGGGGCCCGGGGAUCAAGAAAGCCGAAAAAUGAACCCCCCUUUUGAGGGGGGGGCAAUUUUGGCCCUUCCCCCGAUGCUACAGGGGGGGGGUAAAAUGGGC